GCACAGCGGCUUUCUAAGAAAACAGAAAUCAAAAUGGCUGACACUAGAAGACGGCGCGAAGUGCGACGCCGACAAGAUGAUGGGGAGACUGCAGGUACGGAGGAAGGUGGUGCUAAUCUUUCUGUACAUGGCGAUGCAGGUUCACAGUCAGAUGCAGAAAGUGACACCAUAUUUGAUAAGGAAGAAGAAGACACUGAUGAGUAUGAGAGUGCUGAGGAAGUACAUGGAGAGCAGGAAGAAGGGGCUUCUGAGGGGGAACCGAGGCAUCAGUCUUCAGGAGCCGAGGAUGGAGAUGAUAGGGACAGUGAAAAGGAGGAAGGGGAGAAAGGUGUGGAAGGAGAGAUUGACAGAGAAGAUGUCAGCGAUGAAGAAAAUCCUGAGGAUGCAGAUGAGGAGAAUGAAGCCGACAAAAAGCUGGAUGCUGAUCAGGACUUGAAGAACCCUGCCUAUAUCCCCAGAAAAGGCCCUUACUUCAUGCACGAUGUCCGGUCAAUGGAAGUUGAAGAAGACAAAGAGAAAGAAAGACCGGGGAAUGACAAGAAAUUGUGGAAGGAGGACAACACAUGGCUACAUGACAAAUACAUUGAGGAAGAACAGGUGCCUAAGCCGCGGGGAGAAAUGAUGAGCGUCUAUGGCUACGACGUCCGCAGCUCCAAUGAACCACCCAAGACUGGGCAGUCACGACAACAACGAAAGUCUCCAAGAGGUCAACAUCAAGGCCGUCGGAGAUACAACCUUGGAGAAAGCUUAAACAAUCGAGAACAGUCUUACAAAGGAGAUGGUUACAGCAAUAAAAGACAGCAACCUCAUAGGCGAGAACCUUCCCGAGAAGACUGGAAUGACAACAACGUGCCACCUACAUCAAUAGAGACCAAUCAACAGCUUCUACAAAACAAUGAUGAUCAAGGCGGAAGAAAUGGUGAAGAACCCCCUGGGAAUUACACUCGGGAGCGUCGCUGGUCUGGAAGGUCAAGAGGUCGUGGGAGAGGUCGUGGGGCUAGGGGUCAGGGACGGGAGAGUUAUGAUCGUGGUCAGAAUACACCUGAGCCAGCAACGAUACCCCAUAAGACGGAAUGGAUAAAUAGCAGCUCUGGGUCAAAUCGACGAGAACAGGGUGUGGGACAGAAGAAAGACUGGCAUCAUCGAAUGCCAGAGUCUGACAGACAGCAGAAAGUGCCUGCCCAAGAAGACUUCCCAGCCCUGGGCUCAUCUUACAUGAAGCAGAAAGCAGAAAGGCAACAGCCAAGAGAAGCCAGGUCCUACCAGAGGGAUCGUCCCCAGAGGGGAACGGACAGACAAGAACCAAGCCGGGAGAGUGGGGAAGGAGAUUGGGCUAAGGCUGUGGCUAAGACUGGCAGAAGUAACGUGAAUGCAAAGAGACAGGAAGGAUUAUUACAAGCUGGCUCAUCACCUCCUGGCAAGUCACAGGGUCUGCUGCCGACGCCUUCCUCAGCAGAAGUAAGAGUUGACCAAUCUGAAGACAGCUUACCAAUAGCAGAGAGAAUGCAGGGUGAUAAGAGAGAGCCCUUGAAGCCAAAGCGCUAUUCCUCCCAACGCCAACGCCAACCAGCUGACACCCCGCCCAUCACCCAGGCCCCUCCCAUCAGCCAAGCCACACCUGUCUUACAUCCCCCAACAUUCUACAAGAGUGAGCUCAAGGGUCCUCCCCCACCUGGCUACAGUCGCCAGGGUAACACACCUCCAGCCACUAGCUCUCCGCAGCACAGCAGGGGAGGUGGGGGUGGCACACCCCCUCACACACUACCCAACACAUCAGUGUCCAUACAUGGUGGAGCAACACCUCCAGGGAUGGGUGUUGUCCCGUCCUCCCAAGCGCCUCCCACCAUUAUACCAGGGGGCGUGAUGCCACAGGGAAUCAUCUUGCAAGGAGAUGUGCCGAUACAUCCAGGCAUACAACACCCCUCCCCAACCCACAUAGCCAACCCGUCAGUUAUCCACCCCGUGGCACUGAGGCCUCAGCAACCCCUUCCCCAAGGCGGUUUUGCCCCACCUCCACAUUUCAACUAUGUCAACUACGGGGCUUCACCAGGCCAGCAAUAUCAGCUCAAUAACCCAGUCCAGAUGCAGCAAUUUCCCCAGGUCACUCUGCCGAGCAUAACCCCCCACUCCCAGCCUCCUCCCCUCCAACCUGGUCCCAUACCCACCCUACCCCCACCUAUGCUACCCCAGCAGACCCCUGCACCCCAGGUGCCACCCCUACCCCAGGGGGGCAGUGCAUCCAUACCCCCAGCAGCAGGGCCAGGUCAGCCCCCAUCACAGACCUUUGGAGGUGUGACAUAUUACUCCCCUGCGCAGCAGCAACAAGGGGUCAAGAGAGUCCAGACCAAGAGACAGGUCAAUCCUAUCCGCAUUGAGGAGCCUCCGCAGCGAUCAAAGCGAUCAGAGCAGUCCCAAGAGGAUCAAGAAGACACUGUGCAGCAGCAACAGCAGCAGCAGCAGCAGCAGCAGCAGCAGCAGGAGCAACAACAGCAACAACAGCAACAACAAGGCCUUCAAUUACAACAGCAGCAACAUCAGCCGCUGCAAGUAAUAGAAGGGGGCACGACAUAGCAUCUGCAGUGAAACUGGCCACCAUUUACAGUUGGUAUAAGGGAACUUAUUCAUUUUAAUUUGCAUUACAUGUCAUCAAUUAACUCUUUGAGUACAGUGCACCUGUUUAAGACGAAGAGCUUAUAUAUUGAUUUAAAUGUCAGUGCUCAUUGUUUAAUUCCAUUUAAUUAAGGCAAUUAAUUAUCUGUAAAAAGAGUUAACUUGACCGUUUUAAUACCCUUUAGUGCUUCAGAGUAGCAAAUCAAAUAUUCUUGGGGCUGUUUUUAAACUAUUCCUUUUUUAGAAUUAAAUAAGUAUUUGUUGCCUUUGUGUAGCUCCAAUUUUUUUCCUACUUCACCGCUGGUUGUACUUUUUACUUAUUGUAAAAAACAAUGCAUUUAAAAAAAAAUUGAUUUUAGAGAAAAUGAAAGAUUAUUUCUAACCAAAGCAAACCCCUGCCUUGGACAUCCUGAGUUAUGAUUCAAACCCUAACAUCUGUUUCAGAUCGGCAGUCCAAACAACUUCUGAAUACAGUAAACUUUGGCUAAGUUGGCACUCUCGGGACCCGAGAAUUUGUGACGACUUACGCGAAUGCCGAUAUCUGCUGUAAGUCGUCAUUUUGCCGACUUACAUGAAUGGCCUUUUUGCACACACGAUUCAUUGCACUAAUUGGCUUUGAUUUACACUGGUUUAUCUCCUUAAUGCUUGCGUUGAAUCCUGCAAAUUAAUUGAUAGUGGAGACCACGAUACAAAUGUACGUGCCGUAGAGGUUCUUUAUUAUACAGCUCAAUGGUACGUGCACAGUAACGAAUUAAAUGCAUGUGUGGUCCGGUAUAUACCACGCACGCAUUGACUGCAGCACUAGUCAUUCAAUAAGACAACCCCCAAAAUGGACAGAGUUCAUGCGUACAGCCUAGAGGGGGAACUGUUUGAUAUGCUCACGAUGUAUAUGCGAUGUAUGCAGUAGGACACCCUUUUUCGACACCGAUGCAUGCAGCGAUCACGGGCCGUGCAAAACCUCUUUUCACUCGACGUGUGAUUUGUUGAAUUCCGACUUUUUUACACAAAGGAUUUUGUAAUGCUUUUUAUGGAAAGGGGACCGAGAGUAACACGACGAUUUGAGCGAAAUGGCUACUUAUAAAAUCUGACUUAAAAAUAAAAAAAUCAAUGGAAAUGAAUUAUGGACAAUCGGGACUUUAGUCAGACGGCCGACUUGAGCAAUUUGACGAGUUGUACGAUGUCGGUUUAGCCGGAGUUUACUGUAAUUGUCAAAGCAUCAUUUAAAAUAGUUAAAAGAAUGAUCCCAGCAUCAAUGGAAAAUUAACAUAAAAGUGGGUAUACCUGCGUGAAACCAAAGUCUGUUUAAUAGUUAACCUGUGUAGGUCAGUACCACUCUGCAACGCCAGUCUCAAGUAGGUGGCACAUCUUGCAGCAAGGAUUUUCUCCCAAAUGUGAUAAUCAAGAGCUAAGUGGCCAAGAGAUGUAUGGUUCAUUAAGUUUUUCUCUGUUGUGUAUGCUUCACCAAUGUUUAUCCUUAAAAAUAAACCUUAGUAGGGGGGGGGGUGGUCCCCAUUAUGUACAUUUGCUUUUGCUGUAAUUUUGGAAUGGAUGGUAUUUUAUAGCAAAUAUCGUUCAACUGACUUGCUUAAAGUUUUGUGUUCGCGUAUGCCAGAAAACAUAAAAAAUACUGUUCUUGUAGGCUGGUUCCCUGACCCGGUGCUUCAGACAGAACUGAACAAUUUAUAAUCAUCAGGGUAUUGUCGGGUGAGGGAACCAGACUAGUUGGCUUGCGCCCCUUUCGCAGAAGACAGCAGCAGAACCCUUUGAGGAAUGGCGCAUACGGUCUGCAAGAACCCAACGACUGCAAAGGAAGCAAAGACCAGAGACUCCAAAUGCUGCCCAUGUUUGCAACAUCAUUCUGUGGCCGGCCAUGUGUAUCAUUUGGCCUCAUCAGUCAUCAGCCAAGUCACCGUCACAUUGAGAUAACAAUUGCACACUCUGCCAAAUGUGGGCCAACUAAAUUCGGUCAAUGGGGGCAGUAUUUGAAAAAAGCCAUUUUCUUUCAACAAAUCACUGGACAAAUAUACAAAAUUCCACUUUUCUUCAAAAUGACAGCACACCAGCUACCAUGAUUUCACACAAUGUGUGAGACUACUAUUUACUGACAGUCAAGUAAGGCAUUUCAUUAUUAUUGGGUAGUAUUGCUUUUAAUGUUUGCCAGUGCUGUACACUACCUUUAAUUCAUAAUCCCCAGGGCAUUUUUUUUCUGAGAAAUCUUGCAGGAUACUCCAAAAUCCACCACUUGCAGGAAUGUGACAGCAUGUACUGAAACCUAUGAGGAGCAUCAAGCAAUGUAAAGAUAUGUCAUAAUUUUCUUUGGCAACAAUCAUGAUUUUUUUUGUAGAAUAUUUUUUAUGAUUUUGAAAUGUUGAGUGGUUUUACUAUUUACGGUUAGUUUCAAAUUUUCUCUGCCUUAUUCAUACUGUACUCUCUUUCGGAAAUGCAACAUUCAGCUAAUUUUGUCCCCUCAUUGUUUGGAGCACCCUUCUCCAAGGUUGGGGUGGGGGAGAAUGCUCCAUAAAUAUGACACCCAUUUCUUUGGCUUUACGUUUUGUGCAGGUUUUGAUAAGUGAAAAAUUCGACCCAGUGUUCUGUACUGUUGAUUAGGCCUAAUGAAGUUUGUGAAAUCACUUGAGCUAACCCAAACAGCACAGUGCUAACAUAAUCUAGUCAGUCUAGAUAAGAGAUCUAUGAAACGAUGAGAAUGGAUAUGGUUUGUACCUGGGUUAGGCCCAAAGCCAAUCUCGAAAAACGAUUACAAAAUGGAAAGAUACAGCACAUGAAAGUCUGUUGUACAGAUAUCAAUAGGAUGCAGAAAAAAAUGGUUAGUGCAAACUUCUAUGAAACAUUAAUUAAAAGAAAGAUGUUUUCAGCAAUCGAAAACGCUGGUAGAACUUCCUGUUGAACUUCAUUAGUCAAUUUUUACACAAGUGAAUAAAGUAUGUGAAUUUACCACAAGUUUACUCAAUUUGGGUUGUGUUUUGGGAA